AUGGACAUGUGGCUGUGCAAGCAGGCCAUUAUGGUUGCUGAACGUGCCAAGAAAGCCUAUGAAGACAGUUGCGUCAAGGUCGCCGAUGCUGGCAAGGUUCUUCAGGACCAUGCCAACCUAGUCAAGGACAAGGAGGCUCUCGAACGGAAAGUUAAAGCUUCCGAGGCCAAACUGUCCGAGAUGAUGGCAACCUUGGAUGCUGUUAUCCAAGCUGCCAAGGAUGCCAAGGAGAUUGAGGGGGCCAUGGAUGCGGUAAGUUAA